UGAUGAUGCACCGCUGGAUCGGUCGCCGCGCUGGCCCGCCACGUGCGCUGGCUGCGCGCUUCUUCUCGCAGGACACCAUCUACGCGCUCUCGUCCGCAGAAGGCCGCGCCGGCGUAGCCAUUGUGCGCAUCUCGGGCCCGAUGGCCGACGCGUGCUUGGCGCAGAUGACGACGACACCGGCGUUGCCCGCGCCGCGCCUGGCGGCGGUGCGUAAGAUCUACCACCCGCAAACCAAGGAGCUCCUCGACUCGGCGAUGGCCCUCCGGUUCCCACAACCCAAGAGCUUUACAGGCGAAGACGUUGUGGAGCUGCAUUUGCACGGCAGUCGACCGGUCGUGACCGGCGUACUCCAAGCGCUCUCGACGAUCCCGACCUGUCGACCGGCCGAAGCCGGCGAGUUCACCGAGCGCGCGUUUGAGAACCACAAGAUGGACCUCAUGCAAGUCGAAGGCCUCGCGGAUCUUCUCAACUCGGAGACCGAAGCACAGCGCAAGCAAGCUCUGCACCAAAUCUCGGGCACCGUCGGCACAGUUUUUGAGGACUGGCGCUCAACGCUGGUGCGCUGCAUGGCCCACGCCGAGGCCAACAUUGACUUUGGCGACGACGAAGACGACGUGACGGACGCAGCGUACGACGCUGUCGUCGACAAGGUGCGCGCGCUGGAUGCGUCCAUUCGCCGCCACCUCGCCGACGGUCGGCGUGGCGAGAUUCUCCGCAACGGCGUUCAAGUCGCGAUUCUCGGGUCGCCCAACGCGGGCAAGUCGAGUCUUCUCAACGUUUUGGCGCAGCGCGACGCAGCCAUCGUGUCGCCGAUUGCAGGCACGACGCGGGACAUUGUGACGGUCCCCCUCAAUCUCGGGGGGUACCCGGUCACGCUCAACGACACGGCUGGGAUUCGCGAGACGAAUGAUGUCAUCGAACAAGAAGGCGUCUCACGCGCGCACAAGUGCCGCGAAGACGCUCACAUCAAGAUCCUCGUCAUCGACAUUCACUCGUCGGUGGAUCCGCAGCUGCUAAAGCUCAUUGACGCCAACACGAUUGUCGUUCUCAACAAGCUCGACCUGGCGACGCGGACGCUGCCGACGCUCCAGGUGCAAGCAGCGGCCAUUUGCCCUAUUUCGUGUGCCGACGGUGCAGGCAUUGACGCCUUUCUCAAGACACUCCAGCAGCGCGUUCAGUCCAUGUUUGCCGGCGUCAACGAUGAUGUACAAGGCCUUUUGAUCACGCGCGAGCGCCACCGCACGCACCUUCAAGACUGCGUGACGCAUCUCGAGGCGUUUUUGAGUCACCCAUACGAGUCGGAACUCGCGGCCGAAGACCUCCGCCGCGCCAUCCACUCGAUUGGCCGCAUCCUUGGGCGCAUCGACGUCGAGGACAUUCUUGACGUCCUGUUCCGCGAUUUUUGCAUUGGCAAGUAAAUAUCAAGACAGUAUCAAGACAGUUUCAAGGGAGCUUUUCAAUCGCGCGCAGUGCGGUUUUGGCCAUGGA